GGACAGUAUGGGGGAGAAGUGUCCUCACAAACUGGGAUCGACCAAUCACCUUAGACUUCUCCUUUACAUCCUCAUCCCAACUAUCACUCUACUGGCUGGACUGCUGCUACUCAUACUGGCCCUGACAGGAAUCUUUGGCAGUGGUCUUCUAGAUUCAAGUCUUCUUCCCUCUCUAGCGCCCCCUGAGGCUGUCAUUGUAGGUGACCCAGAUUACCAUGGCAACCAUUCGAACCCCUCCUUCAACGUGUGGGAAAACGCCACCGUCUCGUUACGAAACCAAAGCAACCACGAGGUCGCACGCCCCGGUCACUACAACACCCGGGCCUCCUCUCCGGCCCCGCCCACUGAGCCAUUCACCAUAGCAACUGAUUGGUUGACCUCUGUGACGCCGUUGAGCACCACCUGGACAAGUAGCACCACCCAGGAGCCUGACACAGGAGGAUGUCAGCUAAUAACAGAGCCUCAGUGUCACAUGUUGCCUUACAACCAAACAUGGCUGUCUUCCUCUGUUGCUGUGGUGAAGAGUUCAGAGGUCGACAUGUUACUAAGGUUUUUCAAUUACCUCAGUAGGUUGUCAUGUUACCGACACAUCAUGCUGUUCGGCUGCUCUCUGGCUCUGCCUGAAUGCGUGUCUGAACACACCGGACAAGACAGGCGGGUGGUGCUUCCCUGCAGGUCGUUUUGCGAGGUGGCGAGGGAAGGCUGUGAGCCGGUGCUCCACAUGUUCAACGCCUCCUGGCCCGACUUCCUGCGAUGCUCACAGUUUCAUGAUGUCACUUCCACAUCCACAUCACCACCGGCAACAGAAGGGGCCAUGAGUUGUUACACGCCACGACAGGUCAAGGGUAAACCAUCUCUGUGUGGAGGACACGACUACUUCCUGUGUGCCACGGGGAUAUGUGUCCCCCAGAAACUGGUGUGUAACGGCUACAACGACUGUGACGACUGGAGCGAUGAGACGCACUGUGACUGUACGGAUGCAGAAUUUCGGUGUGGGACUGGUCGCUGUCUGACGCCACCUCUGGUGUGUGACGGUUACGACGACUGUGGAGACCUCAGUGAUGAACUCAACUGUGUGUGUGACCCAGGUCGGGAGCAUCGUUGUGGUGAUGGACGUUGUGUGUCCAGAGACUGGCUGUGUGAUGGAGACCAUGACUGCACUGACAAGACUGACGAACUGAACUGCUCGUGUAAGAGCCAGGGUUUACUGGAGUGCAGGAAUGGUCAGUGUAUUCCUUCUGCAUUCAGAUGUGAUGGUGAAGACGACUGUAAAGAUGGCAGUGAUGAAGAACACUGUAACAGAGAACAGACUCAGGGUGUGUGUGCACCUGGUCAGCCCAGCUGUAUCUCCAGCUCCUGCCCUGCACUCUGUGGGGGGGGCACAACCUGCGACCCCCGAAACAAUACAAACUGUAUUCGCUGUGAGACCAUCACUCUAGAGCUGUGUAUGAACUUACCAUACAACCAGACCAGUUUUCCGAACUAUCUGGGUCACCUGUCCCAGAGAGAGACGUCUGUCAGCUGGGAGUCGUCUCUCUUCCCGGCGCUGGUCCAGACCGGCUGCUACCAGUACCUCAUGUUCUAUGCCUGCACCUUACUGGUCCCCAAAUGCGAUCCUGUCACUCACCAGAAGGUCCCGCCCUGCAGGUCUCUGUGUCGCAGUUCUAAGGAGAGAUGUGAGUCAGUUUUAGGGAUUGUUGGCUUGCAGUGGCCUGAAGAUGCCGACUGUUCUCAGUUUCCUGAAGAGGGAGGAAACAGCAGCUGUCUGCUGCCAGAGGACGGGGUGGACGAAUGUUCUCCUAGUCACUUUAAGUGCCGGUCAGGGAGGUGUGUUCUCGCAACCAAACGCUGUGAUGGACAUCUGGACUGUGAUGACCAUACCGACGAAGACAACUGUGGUUGUUCGGAGCGGGGUCUGUGGGAGUGUCCUGGCAGUAGGGUUUGUAUUAAAACCAGUAUGAUCUGUGACGGCUUUCCUGACUGCCCCCUGCUGGUGGAUGAAACAAACUGCUCUGUGUGCAGGGAUAAUGAGCUGCCCUGUAACAACCAUCAGUGUGUCCAUCGUACGCUGUGGUGUGAUGGCAAGAAGCACUGUUCAGACAGCUCCGAUGAAUGGAACUGUGUGUCUGUGUCGGAGCGCUCUGGUUCUGUGUUGACGGUGUUCAGAACAGCAGCAGAGUACCAGGUGUGUGCAGACGAGUGGAACCACGAGCUCAGUGUCCUCACCUGCGCCCAGCUCGGCCUAGGCGUUCCAUCCUCUGUUUCCAUGGUUCCUGAAAAGUUGGGGGUUCAGGGUCGUCGUCGUUGGUUACACGUCCAUCCUGAGUGGAGCCGGAGGAACGGUUCUGCUCUGCAGGCCCGCCUGGAGAAGAGAAGUCACUCCUGUGUGUCCAGAAGGAGGGUGUCUGUGCUGUGCUCCAGCGAAGGUAAGUCCUCUUUGUCAGAUUGUGGAUUGCGUCCUGCGGUGGGCGUGUCUCUCUCCAGGAAGAAGAGGAUUCUGGGAGGUCGGGUGUCCAGGCCCGGCUGGUGGCCUUGGCAGUGCUCGCUGCAGAGUGGUCACAGCGGACACAUCUGUGGCUGCGUUCUGAUUGGCCGUCGCUGGGCUCUGACUGUUGCCCACUGCUUCGAGGGGAGAGAGAGUCCUGACCUGUGGAAGGUGGUGUUUGGUUUGAAUAACUUGGACCACCCCGGUGCACAUGGUCAGAGCAGAGGUGUGCGCUCUAUCAUUGCACACCCGCGGUACAACCGGGCGGUGGUUGACUAUGACAUCAGUGUUAUAGAGCUGGACUCAGAGAUUGAGGAGACUGCCUAUGUGAGGCCAGUGUGUUUGCCUCUUUCUGGACAGCUGCCCCGACCUGACACCUACUGUUACAUCACGGGCUGGGGUCAUAUGGGCAACCGCAUGCCCUUUAAGCUGCAGGAGGGUGUAGUUCGCAUCAUCUCGGUGUCUCAGUGUCAGUCUUACUUUGAUAUGAAGACCAUCACAUCCAGGAUGCUGUGUGCCGGUUACGAGGCGGGAACCAUCGACUCCUGCAUGGGGGACAGCGGCGGUCCAUUGGUGUGUGAGGAGGUCGGUGGUUCUGGUGCUGGGGGCCGGUGGACGUUGUUUGGGCUGACUUCCUGGGGGAGUGUGUGUUUCAGUAAGGUGCUGGGGCCCGGCGUGUACAGCAACGUCACACACUUCAUCCCCUGGAUUCAGAGACAGAUCUACCUACACACAUACCUGCUGGACUAGACACACACACACACACACACACACACACACACAUUCUCAACUGUAGACUUGCACUCAUGCGUUUGUGGGCUAAGCCGCAUGAACUCUGACCUGAAAAAGAACAAGAAAGACAGAGAGGAAGAACGAGAGAAAAUGUGAACACUUCGUCUUCUCUCUACUUCCUGACUUUAGCAUUCCAAGAGGAAGUGAUGUCAUCGUCAAGCUGUCUUUUAUGUCAACAUUCAGCCACACAUACACACACAGUCGUGGCCUGCAGCUCUUUGUUGUGCCUGCGUCCCUCCAUAGUGUUGCUGUUGCCGCUGCCUGGCCAGAAGAGGCGUUGUUUCCAGUCAGUAUGAGAAUAUAAACUGUUCCUCUCUGUCAUCACAAACUUUUUUACAUCAAAAAUAUUUUACAUACAAAUGUUCGACGUACAAAUAUUUGAUCUUUCAGAUAGAAAAACGUAU